AUGCAACAAUUUGAGUGUGCAGUUUUUCUCGUUUUUUUCCUGCUCCUCCGUUUGACGAAUUGUCAACAACUAUUGGCGAAUCCGCGCUGUAAUCAUUGGCCCGAUCGGGGUCCUUGUGAUGUUGAAUUCACUGUCAAAUGGUAUUAUGAUCGCUAUGAUCAUCGAUGCCGCCGUUUUUUCUAUGGCGGUUGCGACGGAAAUGAAAACCGAUUUGAUUCAUUGGAAGAAUGCUCGUCUCAAUGCCAUUUCCAAGAGGAAUCCAACAAGGAUCGUUGCUUUCAGCCGCACGAUCCUGGGCAUUGUAAUGCUGAUAUUGAACGUUGGUUCUUUGACGAAAAUAAGAAGCAAUGUGUGUGCAGUUGGUGGUCGGGAUGUGGAGGAAAUUCGAACAUCUACUAUUCCUACAAUCAUUGUAUGCUGAUUUGCGGUGAAUAUGCUGAACAAGGACCCGGAAUUGAUGAGAAAUACUGGAAUCGAUUGAAUACAAAUAAGAUGUCUUCUGAGUCGCGUCAAUUGCUUCGCAAUCCGAUACUUGUUGAUUCUUUGAAGUACACUCAAGAAACAUAUACGGUCAAGGUGCCAGCUGAUGAUUUUAUAUCCGAGCCACAGGAAUCAUCCAAUUUUCUAAAGCCUGCCGAAAUGUUCACGACAAUCAACAUCUCGCACACUGACGAUGCUCCAAAUGGAUAUCUUCACAAAUCCCCAAAUUCUUAUAUUCCAUUUGUUAAUAAUCAAGCUGACGGGGUCACGAUUCAUCGAUAUGAUUCCGAGCCGCGACCGCUGACGGUGAUGGAUGACAGCCGGUGGACAAUCAAUGAGCAGCCCUCAAUGAACGAGAAGCGGAGAUUCCGAGUAUCUCGAAAACGUAUUCCUCCUAGAAUGAUUCAUAUCGGUGGAAGAAAUCGCCAACAAAGCAACAGUUACAAGAUCCAGUUGAACUCGGAUGAGCCGAGUCAGUCAGCAAGCUAUCAAGCAGUUCAAACCGAAGAUCCCGAGACAAAUUCGCAACAGCUUAUUGAUCAUCAUCAGAAGAUUUCGCAGAAUCUCCAGGAGGAGGCCGAGAUUGUUCAGAAGAAACUUCAGCAGGAUAUGAAGAAGAAAUAUUUUGAAGAUCUGGCGCGUCGUCAACUGAAUCCACAAGCGAACGACCAGAAGUAUCAUCCGGAGCUUGUCCAACAAUUCCGCAGUCAUUUGGAAGAGCACGAGAAUAAAUUGCGGAUGAAGCUUGAAGCUCAAUUCCCAGAUCACAUUAUUACAUUGACCCCUCAAAUCGAGACGAUUCGCUAUCCUGAUGGAAGAAAUGUAGUGAGACAAAGAAUCCACUGGACAGCGCACCCGAAAAUGCACCUCUCUCAAAUUCCGAGCAACCAGUUGCCAGAUAACUAUCAGAAAGUUGGACAACCGCAAGCUGCACCAAGCUUGCCGCCAAGCCAGCCAUUUGAACAUGAACGACCUUCGGAUGUAGCGAAACCGACUGCGGCGUUGCCGACGAUGGCAUUACCAGAGGAUCGUGCUCAAAAUCAAUUGCCAUCAACAAUUGCUCCACACGAGUUAGCUAGGAUCCAGCAUGAAAACAUGAUAAAGCAGCGACAAAAAGAAAUGGAAAAGAGAAGAAUCGAACACGAAAAACGUCGCAAUGAGCAUUUGAAGAAGAUCCAAGAGCAACACGAAGAGCAUCGACGUAAAAUUCAAGAGCAGAAGGAAAUGCAACGAAGGAAACAUGAACAGAUGAUGGCUGAAAGGGCACGGCUUCAAGAAGAACGACGAAAAAUGUUUGAAGAGCAUUUGGCCAGACAGAGGGAAAUUACGAUUACUACAACCCCAACUCCUAAUACGGUUCUUCAAACAACUGCCGUAUACGAGUAUCAUGUCCAGAAUCCAAUUCCAACCCAUCCCCACUCAUAUUCGAAUGUUCGCGUUGGUGACAUUGUUCAAGACGCCACUGUUCACAAUCCGAGGCCGACAUCAAAGAGCACUGCCGAGGCAAUAGAGCACUACAGACCCAUUAUUGAGCACAUCACAGCGGCACCGUUGAGUCUUGAAGAAAUUAUUGCAAUGGAUAAUGAGCGAUCCGAUUAUGAAGAUGACUAUGAUGUUCCUAUGGAUUUUCCCGAUACUGAAAUGCCUCCUACGAGAGCACCUCCACUACCUCAGCCGACCGUCGCGAAGCCAGUAUACACCCCAGCACCAAAUAAUGUUGCUAACCAGGGUCUUGCCGCGAUCGUGAUGCCACCAACGAAAUCAACUAGAAAGUCGAAGCUAUUUGGACCAAUCGAAAGUGAAGAAUACACUCAAGAUUUAGAUUUUGAUCGAUUCAUGAAACUCUCGCUUUUAUUUAUAUUCACUUUAAUUUCAUCUAUUUCUGCGGGUGAUCAUAAUACUGUCAACACAUGGGACGGUGUGAUUCAAUAUGAUGAGGAUUGGGGUUAUGCUGACAUCAGAAAUGGGGCUCACACGUUCUGGUGGUUGUUCGCCAAGAAACCAGCUGAUCCGAAGCGUCCGCUGUUUGUUUGGCUUCAAGGUGGACCCGGAUCUUCUAGUACUGGUUUCGGAAACAUGGAAGAAACUGGCCCAAAGACAUUGAAUGGCUCCGACAACCAGGCAACUUGGCUUCAAGUAGCCGAUUUGGUUUAUGUUGACAAUCCAGUUGGAGCCGGAUUCUCUUAUGUCGAUGAUUUGCAAUAUCUCACCACCAAUAUUGAACAGAUUGGAGAAGACCUUCUUGCGUGGCUUCGCAAGUUCUUGGUUCUCCACCCGGAAUACCGAACUCGGCCAUUCUACAUCUUCUGCGAAAGUUAUGGUGGAAAAAUGAGCACUCAAUUCGCGAAAGUCAUCACGGACGCGAUCAAAAAGGGAAAUUUGUCGUUGAAUUUCAAAGCUGUGGCUCUUGGUGAUUCAUGGAUCUCAGCUAUGGAUUAUGUCAACACCUGGGGACCAUAUUUGUACGCAAACAGCUAUUUGGAUGAUCAUCAACUGGCGACUGUCCAGAAGUUGGCCUCUCGAUGCCAAUCCCUCGUUGAUCAACAGAAAUGGUCGCAAGCUACUAACUGCUGGAGUGAAAUGGAGGAGUUGAUCAGCUCUGAAACCAAUGACGUUUCGUGGUAUAAUAUUCUUAAAAAGGGAGGAACUGACGAUUGGAGCUCGACGAGUACUGUAUUCGCGUCGAGACUCCGUGCUCCAACUAGCCGUCUUUAUCAGAAAUUCGUUCAACCGUUGUACACCGAUAGUCUCACCGACUACAUGAAUACCGUUCUCCGCCAGAAGUUCGGAAUUAUUCCAGAUAAAGUGAAGUUCGGAGCACAAUCAAGCAAUGUGUUCAACUAUCAAGCUGGAGAUUUCAUGACUCCAAUUUACGAAACUGUUGAUCAAUUAUUGAAAAAUGACUACAAUGUUGUUGUGUUCAAUGGAAAUGAAGAUCUUAUUUGCAACACAAUGGGAACUGAAAUGUGGAUGAACCGAUUGACUUGGGACGGAAUGAAAUCGUUCAAUUCGACCUCUCGCCACCAUUUUGGCACUAAAUCAUUCCCAUUGGCCGGAUAUUACAAAACCCAUCAGAAUUUGCAAAUGUUUUGGAUUUUGAGAGCUGGACAUAUGGUGGCCUAUGAUACACCAGAAGCCGCCGUUUACAUGAUCAAGGAAAUCGUCAAACACUAUAAUUAA